AUGUCCGAACAAAUACCUUAUUGCGAACACUGUCUACAACGAUAUACAAUACUUCGACGACGCAAACAAUGUAAUCUAUGUGGACAAACAUUUUGUUCAAAAUGUAUUACAAAAUCAGUAACAUCAUCAUCAUCGAAUAAUUCACGUACUUGUACAACUUGUUUAGUAAUUAUUAAUGAAAAUACAACUCGUGAUCAACUAACAUUUAUUCGUAUAAAAGAUUUACGUGCUUAUCUUAUACAUUCGAAAGUAGUACCUGUAAAUCGUUUGGAAUCUUGUCGUGAAAAACAAGAUUUAAUUAAUUUAAUUAUAGCGAAAAAACAACGAACACCCGAUGAUAGUUAUGUUUUUGUUGAAUAUGCUCAUAGAAUAAAUGAUAAUAAUCCACCAACAAAUAUUCAAGAAUCAGCAACAAAUAGAACUGAAGAGAUACCAUUACCAAUUCCAGUUGUUACAAAUUCAUCAGAUGAAUUAAGACCAGAAACGACAACUGAUCCUUUACCAUCACCUCCUCCUCCUCCUCCUCCAGCUUCAUCUCUUCCAAAAGUAUCAUUAUCGAAUCGUAAAACACUCGCUGAUGUUUCAUCAUUAGAAUCCAUUCAUAAUUUAACAGUUGGACAAUUAAAAGAUAUUCUUACACAAAAUUUUGUAUCAUAUAGAGGAUGUGUUGAAAAAAAUGAAUUAAUUACUAAACUUGAAUUACUCUAUCGAGACAAACAACAACAAGAAAAAGAAUUCAAUCCAUCUAUAUCUACUGAACAAUCCGAUGAAAACUUAUGCAAAAUAUGUAUGGAUGCAACAAUUGAUUGUGUUUUUCUUGAUUGUGGUCAUUUAUGUACAUGUGUACAAUGUGGUAAAAAAUUAUCAGAAUGUCCUCUAUGUCGUUGUUUUAUUAUACGUGUUGUUCGUGUUUUCAAAAGUUAA